AUGGGUGCUUCGCGGGCAGUUCAGCGCCUCAAAGCAACUUACACCUUUCUCAAAACACCCAUCAUCGUCUCCGCGCCCAUGCGCGUUUUCGCUGGCCCGGACCUCGCGGUUGCAACCUCACGCGCAGGUGGUCUGGGCUUCAUUGGGCCAGGCGUGCGCCCUACAGAUUUAGAUUCCAAGCUUGAGAAGGCACGAAGUCUGUUGGACCAGACGCCCAUCACUGCCCAGAAUUCUACCUCUUUGAAUGCUCCAGAUGUUGAUCGCCUCCCUAUCGGCGUAGGGUUUCAGCUUUUCGAUGGUGAUCUCGAGGUUGCUGCCGCAAUUGUCCGCAAACAUAAGCCUGCCGCAGCGUGGCUCUUUGUUCCGGUAUCUGGUCAAUCCGAGCUAGAUCAGUGGUCACUAAGGAUUCGGAAAGAAUCACCGUCCACGAAGAUAUGGAUACAAAUUGGCUCGGUCGCUGAUGCUGUUGCUGCGGCGAGAAGCAAGCAUGCACCCGACGUGCUGGUUGUGCAAGGGAUUGAUGCUGGCGGGCACGGUCUCAGAAGAGGCGCAGGAGUGAUAUCCUUGCUUCCAGAAGUAGCGGACGCGCUACAGGCACUGGGAUCUGAAAUCCCGCUCGUCGGUGCUGGUGGAAUCGCGGACGGCCGAGGGGUUGCUGCUGUCCUCGCCACAGGUGUGGCCGCGGGUGCGGUGAUGGGGACCCGUUUCCUCGCCAGCCGCGAGGCUGAAAUCAAGAAGGGAUACCAAGAUGAUGUGCUGCGAGUCUCCGACGGCGGCCAAAGCACCAUCCGCACCGAUUUAUUCGAUCGACUCCAGGGGAGGGAUGAUUGGCCGGCUCAAUACGACGGUCGUGCGAUCAUCAAUCGAAGCGUCAAAGAUGACCUAGCAGGAAUGGAUCUGGGGCAGAACAAGCAGAUAUUCCAAGAACAAAUUAAGAAUGGGUCGAUUGGGUGGGGGGAAGACGGGAGAAUGACGGCGUAUGUAGGAAGUGCCGUGGGGCUGGUUAGUGCGGUUGAUCCGGCACGAGAAAUCCUCGAGAGGUCGAGGGCAGAAGCUAGACAAGCUUUGCGACAGGCUCUAGACGGACUGGAGGCUUGA